AUGACGUCCGGGGUCCAGCCAUUAACACCCCAGCAGCCUGUCUCGCAACACCAGCAGCAGCAACAGCAACAGCAACAACAACAGCAGCAACAUCGAGCGAACGUCCCGAACACCCCUAGCACCCCGGUUGCCCCCCCGAUACAGUCCGCCAUCUCCCCGCCCAACAAGCGCGAUUUGAAAUCAUGGUGGAAAGGCUUCAAGCUUCCCUCGAAGCAUCACGAGUCACAUGGUACAGGCGCCCCGUCUAUUAUACUCUUCCCUCGAUCACAGCCCCGAAGGAAAGCUACCAUAUUCGCCGAGGACAUGGAAGGGGAACUCAACCACUUCCCAUCCGCUGUCUCUCUGCUCCGGAACAUCAUAUUUAGGGAAGAAGAGUGCGCCGUUCAUCAAGCAAGUGCAAGCAUGAGCCGGCCCCCGUCAAGAAGAGAAUCACCCAGGGCGCCCAAGUUGGGUGCUCUCUCCCGUAUCAUGGCCUGGCGAUUUGGAGGUUCCUCCCGUGCACUGCGGCGCAAGUCUCUUUCGAUCAGACCUAACCUAAUUGUUGCAGAGAAUCGGGCCCACGGUAUCUUUGGUGUUCCUCUACGCCAGAGCAUCACCUACGCCAACGUCGCCAUCUCCCUCGUCGACGAGGAUGGGAAGAGCUACAUUUACGGCUAUGUUCCCAUAGUCGUCGCGAAAUGCGGCGUGUUCUUGAAAGAGAGGGCCACCGAAAUCGAGGGAAUUUUUCGUCUGAACGGGUCUGAGAAGCGGAUCAAAGAGCUCAAGACCAUUUUCGACUCGCCAGACAGGUACGGAAAGGGGCUGGUUUGGGAUGGCUACACAGUUCACGAUGCCGCCAACGUCCUGCGCCGUUAUCUCAACGACCUCCCCGAACCGGUCGUCCCUCUGGAUCUCUACGAACAAUUCCGGGAGCCGCUAAGCGGAGCGACGAAGCCAGGGGCUGGCGACCUCGAAGGGCCCCAGUUCGCCGAGCAUUUCGACAUGGACGCCGCUAUCAUCAGGUACCAGCAGCUUAUCACCGAGUUACCGCCUCUGAACCGUCAGCUUCUGCUUUACAUCCUCGACUUGCUCGCCGUAUUUGCGGCCAAGUCAGACCAGAACCGCAUGACGUCCCAGAACCUCGCCGCCAUUUUCCAGCCCGGAAUGCUCUCCCACCCUAACCACGCCAUGGCGCCGGAGGAGUACCGGCUGAAUCAAUGUGUCAUCAUCUUCCUCAUCGAGAACCAGGAUCAUUUUCUCAUCGGGAUGCAAGGCACAGCAGCAGAUGAGAAAACUGUGGAAGAAGUGCAGAAAGGCACGCCGGUGCUCAAACCUCCGUCGACCCCCAAUUCAAAGCCGGGCAUCGUGCGGUCUACAUCUAGUGCGAGCGCUGGGGCCGAGAGCGUUGCAAAGGACGGCUCGAUCCGACGAAAUAAGUCGACUUCGUCAAGACGGUCAUUCCACUCCAACGGUUGCCCCAGCCCUGCUAGCCCGGCAUUGACCGCCACCUCAACGGGCGGAGGUCUGGCUCGGAGUAAUACCCUGCCCUCCAAGAAAUCCCCAGCUCUACAAGCGGGGAGGUUUACCUCCCGGAAUGACCAUGUGGCCCCGAUGACUCCCGUUGCACCGCCAGCGAGCACAGUGGUAUCGCCGCCCGCCGCCGUGGAGGAAAUCGCGACUCCCCCAGAGAGAGGCGGCACCACCCUUUUCGAGGUCGACCAGACCAUCCAGCUCGCAGCCCGGAAGAAGAGGUUACCAGGCAGCGCGAACCCUAGCGCCCAUAGCUCGACCGCUUCGCUACCUCACUCAACGAACGCAGUUUCUCCCAACACAGAGGCGGUGAGCCCUCUAGAGGCGAUUCAAUCUGUUCCCCAGACUGCAGGCGCCGGAGAGCCCGUGGAAACCCAACAGCCCGGGGCGUCCUCGGAACUGACACCAAAGCCUUCUCACGCUUUGCCUGCCAAUGCAGAGAGUGAUCAUCCAGGACACACCGAACCGAGCAGCGCCGGUUUACACCCCGAUCCUAACAGUACCGUUACGGGUAGUAACCAAACCGAUACCCUGCAUUCGGGUCAUUCCCACGCCGACACCCUCCAUCCCAGCAGCGCCCAACCGCUGAAAUCCAGGAAAUCCCCUCCAACGUCGCUACACAGCUCCUUCAACGAAGGAUCGGACCUCGACCAGGUUGAUGAGCUGGCGGCAGUUCCUGCCGAGAUACCCAUCCCCGACACACCUAGUGAGAAAGAGAAGAAGAAGCGAUGGCGUCUAUCGCGCAAGAAAGAGGAUGCGUCACCGCCUUCUUUCCCCUCCUUCGCCUCCCCGCGCUCUGUACUGGGUUCGAAUGCGACAGCCGGCGCCAGCGGCACGUCUAUCAGCAGCGGCGGGAAGCUGGGGCAAAGCAUGAUGGACAAGAGCAUGACGGAUAUGUCGGACCGCACCACCAUCAACACGGAGGCACCGCUUGUCGAGGUGUCGAGCAAGGAGAGCAGGGACGAACCGCACAAGAUCUCCAACUGGAUCAAGAACAAGUACCGCGAGCACAAGGAGAACGUCGAGCAGCGGCGAAACAAGUCGCCGCCUGCCGGGGAACGGACCGUCUCGAUUGGGUCUAGCUUGUUGCCGUCGCGGGGCAAGAGCCUAGACCUGAAGCGCGCCGAGGAGGAGAGGCCGGCCGCCCCGCAGCCUGUGAAAACCCCACCGCCCCAGUCUGCACCACUCCAGCCCUCGCAGCUCCAGAACGUGCUUCCCCAGGCUCAGCCACAAGCCCAGGCCCCCUUUCCGCCCCGGAUUCAGUCCCUGGUUCAGCCCCAGACCCAGGCUUUGACCCAACCUCUCGUCCCAGCUCAUGUUCAGUCUCAGGCUCAAGCUCCAGUUCAGGUUCCGAUCCAACCUCAGGUCGCGCCCCAAAAUGAAUCUGGGGCCCACCCUGUGGUCGAAACUCAAACCCAACCCCCGGUUCAACCCCAGGUCCAGCCUCAGACUCAAGCUCACGUUGAACCCAAGGACCAGCCCAAGGAUCAAACCACGGAACAACCCAAAGAUCACCCUCCGCAUCAACCUCAUGUCCAACCCCAGACCCAAACCCAGACCCAGGCGCCGCCUCAGGCCCAAGAGCCAAAGGCGCAAUGA